UGCGUCUGUCCUGCUCGGGGAAGGUGGCCGCCGUUGUCGUGGACGUCGCGAGCCACCGAUUGGGCUGUCGCUGUCCAUGCCUGCAACACCCGCGAGCGAGAUGCCGCACCUGGCGCUGGACGAUGCCGAGAGUGGACAGAUGGCCAGCUACCUCCUCCGUUCGUUGCUGCCGGAAGCAGCGACUAUACAGAUCCAGAACGACCUCGGCGUCGAAAUUGACAUUGCGACGCUCGCGACCGAGGUCGCUCUCUAUGCGGUCCACUCGGAGCCCAGCUCCGAGGAGAACGAGGAGGCGGCGAACAAAACAGCCAUGACCAAGCAUCGUCUCCUGCCUUUUCAUGGCCGCGUUGGCGACAGUGACCACGAGGGCCUUGGCGGGCUGUCGAUGCUGGACCCGGCCAAGCCGGUGCGCAAGGGACGGGCGCGGAUGAGCCAGGAGAAGCGUAAGCGACUUGCACGCCGAAAGGAGCGCGAGGCCCUCUUGGCUGCGCUGCUGCAACAAAAGCCAUCGUCUGCGCCGCCACAUACGACGUCUUUCCAUCCGGCUCUCCAUCCAGAUUCUGCACCUGCGUCAGCCCAGGUUGCUUUUUCGGCGCAUUCAGCCGGCCCAGACACGGGCUUCAUCUCUCAGGCGCCGCUUGCGCCAUUGCGGCUGACUUCCAAGCCCACUUCCAGUCUCUUUCAGCAACACCACCAGUCAGAGGGCGAGCACAAGCUGCAUAGAUCUCCCUCGCUCUCGCCCAGCAUCGUGUCGAGUGCUAGCAGCUCGCUGUCGCUAUCUGCCUCGGCAUCGCAGGCGAGCUUGGAGACCCAGAGCGAAGCGACGGCGUCCAGCAUGCACGAGUCACCGCAGCGGACAAACGACGCUGCCUGCUCGACCACUGCCACGACCAGCAGCAGCAGGAAGACACUGGCCUGGUGGACUGCUUCGAGCACCGAGCGGGGCACUGUGGCUCCCUUUAUUCCCCGGCCCAUCGUCGUCCGUCCCCCCUUGCCCUGUCCUACCUCGUCGAUGUCCACGCCAGAACCGAGCGUAGGUAUGGGUAUGGGACGGCCUUACAGUGUCCACCACUUUCAGCAGCAGCAACAGCAGCAGCAUCAACACCACUACCCUCAACACCACCACCAGCACGGCAUGCCACGUCGCUCCGUGUCGCUGCUGCCCGCUGCGCCCGCAUCGAUGCACAGGCCAGCCUCCAUCUAUGCGUCCCACGCCCGCCAGAUGGCUGCUCCGUCUUCUUCCUCCAUUGGCUUGCGUAAUCCGACGGGCGCAUCCAUCCCUGCCCGGCCCUGGAACACAGCCCCUGCGAGCUGGACACCCCAAUGCGCUUCCCUUGGCUCCUUUGCCGAUUGGUGGACCGGCCGUGGCGAUGCGUCGCCCCAGCACGGCGCCUCAGGGCUGCACACCGUACUCUUACGGCACAAGCAUCGCCCACGACGACUACUCAAGGGACGAUUCAGGCGAACCACCAACUAGUCACGCUCAAGGACCCAUCCACGGCAGCAUUCACAGUGGAGCGGCCAGUCGAAAUCUGCCAGGCUAAGCUCUCUUCCUGUGAUGCCGAUCCCUCAACUUCUCUAUUCCCAUCUCCCCCUCGCCAUAACAAGCUCAGCACUCCGACCGAGGAUCGGU